AUGGCGCUCCUCACAUCCUACAUUGUUCGCAUCAGCUUGAUUGUUGCCCUUGGUGGCUUCUCGUAUGGCUUCGGCUUCGCUGUGUUCGUCACCAGUAUUGGCCAGCCAGGCUUCUACGAGUAUUUCGCUCUUGACCCUACAAGCUCCUAUACGGCGAAAAUCCUCGGUGCAGUCAACUCUCUAGUGUUCUUUGGAGCUGCAAUUGGAGCUCUUAUCCAGAGCUAUCUCGCAGAUCGUUACGGCCGCAAGAAAGCAAUGGCUAUUGCGUCAAUAUGUGGCCUCGUUGGCGGAGCACUAGCUGCUGGCUCCGUCGCCGUCGCCAUGAUAAUUACUGUUCGGAUACUCCAAGGCUGCGGAUUGGGCAUGCUACUGGCCCUCGUACCUUUAUAUCUUACAGAGAUAGCUCCGCCUGGCCGGCGAGGGUUUCUCACCGGCCUCACCGUCAUGUCCUUUGGAAUGGGAUACGUUAUCUGUGGCUGGAUUUCGGUUGGUGCCUACCAUGCGGCGAAUCUUACACUUGGUUGGAGACUACCUCUGGCUCUUGCCUGUGUUGGGCCCUUGGCCUUGCUCAUUGGGAUUCCUUUCAUUCCCGAGUCGCCUCGUUACCUUGUCUGGUGUGGCAAACGCGAGGAAGCAUGGGAAGUCCUCCGUUCCUUGCAUCGGGACCCUUCAGAUCCUUCAGAGAGUCUUCCGCGCGCUGAGCUUACUCAGAUUGUCCGACAAGUAGAAUAUGAGAAAGAGCUCAGUGCAGGAUUUAUUCAGUUGUUCACAGUACCUUCUUGGAGAAGACGCACGCUGAGUGUAAUGUUUCUCUUAUUUAGUAUCCAAGCCACAGGGAUCUAUGGCAUUACCAACUUUCUCGUCGUAAUAUUUGGAAGUCUCGGCGUGAGCGGGGACAUGCCUUUGAUACUUUAUGCGGUCCAUACCACCGUUGGUACUAUAUCAGUGCUUAUUAGUAUCCUGAUUGUGGACAAGUUUGGAAGACGGACUCUGUUCUUGAUUGGAUUUCCCUCACUAUUCUGCUGUCUGCUCGCUGAAUCUCUUCUCUCCAUGAAGUAUCUGGGUUCGGACAACAAGGCAGGAAAUGCAGCUUGUAUUCUAUUCAUGUUCUUGUACAUUAUCUUUUUCCAGUGUCUGGAUGCCCCUGCGUUCAUCUGGGUCGCAGAAGUCUUUCCAACACCUAUCCGCGCAAAAGGCAUAAGCUUGGGUCUGUUUUCUACGUUCACGGGAUCUAUAACCUUCACAGCGCCGUCGGGCCUAGCAUUCAAGAAUCUUGGCUGGAAAAUGUAUCUUAUCUACUGUGCUCUCUGUGUCGUUGGCUUUGUGAUCACGUACAUAUGGAUUCCAGAAACGAAGGGGAUCCCAAUCGAGGAGAUUGGGGCUCUCUUUGGGGACGAGGUUGCUGUACAUUUGACCGCUGAUGGACAUGGCAUCGUCGAGGAUAAAGAAGGCGUAGAGCAAAUUGAAGAUGAGAAGGUCGUUGCCGUGAAGCAGGUGUAA